ACAAAGAGAAGCCUCUGAGAUGGAUAAAUGAUUAACUGUGAGGAGGGAUCAGAACGAGACAAAACACGGCAGUGAGUGAAAGGGACAAAAGCGCAGCUCAUUUUCAAUACAACUCCGACAUGUUUCUAUCGCUACUCCUGGGAAAAGAAGACAGCAGCUGAAAUAAGAGGUGUAGUUAGGGAUAGGUUUGAAAAAAUGGUGACUCUGAAACACUUGAGUGUUAACGAUAAUGACGAAGACAGCGUUCCUCUGUUACCGGAAGCCAGCAGCUUGGAGAGCCCAACCACCCAACACAGCAGGGCAGAGUCCAGAGAAUUCUUCCUUAGCCGGAGGAACAACUUCAUUUUAAGCAUUGCUCUGUUGUUGAGCUGUUAUUCGGCCAUUCUCGUUCCUGCGUAUCUGCCAGCCCCAGAGCCCAUCUGGACGAAUGACAGUUCUGCUGAAACUCUGGCUCUUCUGAACCAGUCAGCGGCUCUGCUGUCUCAGUCCUGCCGCAGCGGCUGGAGUGUGGAGAGGUUGAGGACCAUGUCUAUACCCGCUGGGCUUCUGAAGAUUCCCGUGUUCCUGGAGAACGGCACAGGAGACUGGGGACUGCCUCCUCCUCUGGGUCUGCAGGGUAGUGAGGAGAUGGUGGCUCAGGCCCUGAAAGCCCUGCCUUAUACUGCUGUGCCCACUGGCUCAGAGACCUGCAGGAGAUGCGUGGUGGUUGGAAGCGGUGGCAUUUUACACGGCAAAAAUCUUGGACCUCAUAUAGACCAGUACAACAUCAUCAUCAGAGUGAACAAUGCUCCAGUAUUUGGAUAUGAAAAAGAUGCCGGAUCUAGAACUACCAUUCGACUCAUUUAUCCAGAAGGGGCUCCUUCCCAGUCACAAGAAUAUAAGAGUACUGAAGUGGUGGCUUUGGUGGCUUUCAAGAGUUUAGAUUUAGCAUGGCUUAUCUCUGUAGUAACCAAAGAGCCUUUGAGUUGGUGGUCUAAAUUGUGGUUCUGGAAGAAUGUAAUAGACUCGAUACCUCUUCAACCAGAAAAUGUCCGCAUCCUAAAUCCUGAAAUCAUGUACAGGACUGGACAAGUGCUGCAAACCUAUGCAGAGCAACAGAAAAAGAUUGUGCCGACGCUGGGAAUAACGGCAGCAGUUCUGGCCCUGCAGAUGUGUGAUGAGGUGAGUUUGGCUGGAUUUGGAUACGACCUGCAGCACCCUGGAGCUCUGCUGCAUUAUUACGGCUCUAUCCGCAUGGAUGCCAUGAACACACAGGUAGUUCACGAUGUCAGCGCUGAGACCAUCUUUCUGCGGGAGCUGGUCAAAUCUGGAGUGGUGCGAGACCUCACUGGUGCACUGUGACGACUGCAGAAACUUCCCAUGUUUCUAAAAGUUAGCUGAUAACAAACAGCAGAAAACAGUCCAGAGAGCUGGACUUAAACAGGCAACCUUUAAUGUAAAAAAAACAAUAGGAUCAAUCUCAUCAUUUCGAUGUAUAAUUCUAAAAUGUUUCAAAACUGCCAUUUUUGGGUAAAAUACAACAUUGACAUAGCAUACAAUAAAAUACAAAGGCAUUUUAAAACAAGUGAAAAUGACUUUUAAAACCAAAGCUACCAUUAUAGCUUGUUUAAAUACAGCUUAAUAAAGGAUGACAAAAGAGUUUAUCUUAAUAAAUGAUUAUUUACUAUUUAUUUUUCUUUCGAAAACUGAUGACAUAGUUUGUAAAAACUUUUUAUCAGAACAUUAUGUAUAAAUACAAGCAAUAUGAUAACAAAAUAUAAAUGCCAUAUUCCUGUUAGUAAUAACAAUCAGUUCAGUGAAAUAUCAUAUUUUUUCAUAAGUGCAGAGGAUAAAAAAAAGCUGUGUGAAGGACAGAAAUCGCUAUUUAUGACUGCUGCAUAAAUAAAUUAAAAUUAUUUCCUUGAA